AUGUCCCAAAGCAAGGUUGACCCCAAAAAGAGAAAAUUAAAUUCCAAAAUGAAAACUUUGAACACAACACUAGAAUCGUCGAACGAUCAUGAAGAUGAAUGGAUGUCUGAUGAUGAAGAAGAUAACACGAUUUGUAGUUUUGACUUGUCGGAAAUACCUGUGGAAAGUAAUAUUAUAAAACCAUUCCCGAUGCAAUACAAACUGAAAAAGAGGGCACCAGCAAAAGGCACCUCUAUAAAACGAAAUGACAUUUACGUGUCACGAAAAUCAAAAUUUCAUGCUCUCUUCUCAAGAGGAAAAACAUUACUAGAACAAGGAUCAUCUUUUCAUGCAAACAAUAGCAUUCAAAUUCAUGGACUAGGUGCAGCAAUUACAACAGCCAUUGAUUUGGCACUAGCUUUGCAACAAUAUUUUGGAGGACCAUCCCAACUCGAAUUUCAUAUAACUACUGACACAGUGCCAUUAGUGGACGAUUUUUACACAAGAGACAUGGAAGAAUAUUAUCGAGGAAGUCAAGUGAGAUUCAAUUCUGCCAUCCACAUUAUUUGUAAAAGGGUGACAAGAAAAAAGCAUCACCAACAAUAA